AUGACUCCGUCGUCUGUCUCACUUUUCCUUCGCUGUCGAACCGUGUUCUCUGUCGAUCGGUCUGCCUUCACCGUCGUGAUGGGUUUCGCGUCCACUUCCUCCACGAAGCUUCUCUUCCGGCAGCUCCGUCUUGUUGGGGUUGGUGUUGUGACUCAUGAGAUCUUCUUUAAUGACUACAAGGCGAAAUUUACACUCGAGCAUGCCUGGUUGGAGCCACGCCACGAUCAAAAAUGGUGUGGAGCUACUAAAGAGAAGCCUCGUUACUUCUGCAAAUCCUCCUCCUCUUCAUGCUCUGCUUCCGUCGUCACGAUGAGUCAAGGAACGGUCACAAACGAAGCAAAGGCUAGUAAUCUGAAUUCAGGUCACGGAAGCUUUGCGUCUCUGUUAAGCGAGCAGAGCUAUGGAGCAGCGUUUCUGGCGUUGGGAAGUGGAAGUGGUGGGUUGGAUUAUGAGUUCGGGUACGGGUACGGGUACGGUUUGGUGGAUAUGAGUAUUGGGUGUCUUGGAGGAGGUUACGGAGGAGAGAUUCCGGUGGUGGGUGGUGGUGACACGUGGCAGAUUGGGGAGAUAGGAGGUAAAAGUGGGGACAGUUUGAUAUGGCCUGGUCUCGAUUCAAAGCAACAAUGUUAA